AUGAAUAAUGAUCUUCGCACGGAGUACAUUUUCGCAAGAGAUGUUGAUGGCGCAGUAGAGGAAAUAUUUCAAUUUCUUCAGAACGAGAGCGACACAAAGGUCAUCCAUUUUUAUGGUUGGGAUGGGUUUGGGUCGUCCGUUGUUCUUAGAUCGAUAGCAGAAGUGCUCCCAUCUAGGAGAACCACUCCAGAACUAUGCUUUGACAGAAUAAUUUAUGUAGAUUGCUCUGAGUGGAAAAAUAGAAGAGCAGCGCAGAGGGCAAUUGCAGAGGAACUGGAACUUGAUCCCUCAGCAAUGGCCAUUCUAGAUGAGCAGGAUGAAGAGGAUGAUUUUAAUAAAGUUGCUGAAAGCUCGAGGAAUGAGUUAAGCAAUGUCGGGCAACUGAUUCAUCAAACCCUGAGGGACACCAAGUUGAUGAUGGUUUUUCUUAAUGGAAGUGAUGAAGAGGUUGAUGUAGGCACCUUUGGUAUUCCUCUUACAAGAUUUGACAGCAAUGUAAUGAUUUGGACCUUCAGCAGAAGAUGCUUGACCAUUGAUUCGUACCCUUACAAGGUAGAAGACAAGCUUAGAUAUACUCAUGCUUUGCUUCGUACCAUUUGUUCUCUCACAGAGCUAAGAAGGGCAGAGUUUCUUGAACUGCUGCAUCAAAAAGUUGCAACCAUAGUUGCUCGCAAUCCAUUUGUACUAAAACUCGAUCCAACAAUGGUCGUAGAUUGUUGUCUCUACGAGUUAUUCUUGCAUUGUAGGUUCCACACCAUCACCGAAUAUAAAUGGGUUGGUCAUGCUUCCAACUUUUGGAUAUGCGAUGGAAUCAUACAAGGAGACAUAGCAAGGGAUAUAAGUAAUUCUUUAGAUAGAGAGAUACACUGGGAGUGUGAUUCAUCAUCGGGUUGUUGUCUGCUUUAUCAGUUCAUGCCAUGCCGUUGGACAUCAAUACAUCCAGAUAAUAUACAAGACCAUGAAUACGAAGAACUACCCGUGGAAACAUCAUCUAUCUUCUUGACAUUUACAAGUUCUCGCAGACCAGUGUUUUCAAAUGGUGCUUUUGAUUAUUACAAGAACCUUGGUGUGCUAAUCAUGAGUUGUUGUGCCUUCAGUUUUGCAUCACCUCCUUUCCAGAAGUGUGAUUCUCUAAGAUUCCUUGGAUUGGACCAUUGUAUAGAUAGUGAAACAGGUAAAGGAGAUGAGACUGCAGAGUGGGCAUGUAUACAUAGCUUAUUGGUGUUGGACCUACGUUACACAGAAUGGAAUGAAGUCUUAUCUGAAGAAAAGUUGGAUCUCAUGACUAAUAUCAGAGAGCUAAACAUAGAAGGGGUCAGGGGAUGGCAGUACACAGCUAACCUACAACAUCGUCUACCUAACCUCCAGAGGUUCCGAAUAAUCAAACCAACAUAUCAAUGGAAGACAUCAGGGGAUUUUGAUAACUCUUUUAUAGAUAAGACAAGUAUGGAAAUACUCGACUUGUCAGGCAACAUUGACAUGGAAUGUCUUCCAACAAGCCUAUCGGAGGCAAGUAGCCUUCGGUUGCUUGUACUUGAUGGUUGCAGUGGGCUGGAAAACGUUGAAAGACUUCCUUCCUCCCUGGAAUCCUUUAGCUUCAACGGACAUGGGCCAGCUUCUCGAUGGACACAAACUGUUGAGCUACCUCCGACACAAUUCCAGCCGUCCACCACAACAGAUAAUAAGGAUGUUAGAGUGUCUAACAUCUCCUUACAAGGUUGCAGUCAAUUGAAGAACCUGUUUUUGUGUUGGUUACCCAACCUCGUGGAAUUGGACCUCUCUGAAACUGCAAUCAAGGUACUUGACUUCAAUACUAUGUUGGUGCAAGUCCCAGGGCUCAAGCGAUUGUUUCUAAUAGGAUGCAAGGGACUUCGUGCAAUAAUUCCGUUGGCCGAGAGUGGUUCUGAGAUAAAACACGACCUGGAGUUGAUGUGCAUAGACACGCGAGUUGGAAUCGUGUGUUCUCGGCCAUCUGUCAGCAGGACCAAGUCGUUCCGGUUCAAAUUGCAUGUCGUUGCUAUGGAUGCAAGGCUUACUCGCUCUUUGAUGGAUCUGUUGUUGCCUUAUGUACAAAAAGGUUUAAUGAAGGAUGUUUCUUAUAACAUCCAUGUCACCUCCUUACCUGUGAACAAUGGAGUUGAUCAAUUUGAGGCAACCAGGAAGAAUAAAGUUGACCCCGGUGAUCAAGAGAGCUUGCAACAGCUUAUUCCAGCAGACACGUAUAGUGAUGUCCUUACAAUGGUUGGUAGUCCCCCGAUGCAGGAUUUCCCGCAGCCUCCAACGACUACGCAGCUGGAGCAACAUAUGGAUACGUGCCUUGAGUGGUGUUCCUGGUUGGUCUGA